UUCAAACUCAAAGCCCACAAAGAAGUUAAUUAACCUUCUAGUACAUGCCAACAGCUGAAAACCAUGGAGGUGUUAAGCAUGUGGGUUUCCAUCACCCUAGCAACGCUACUCUACCUUUUGCUUCUUAAACUCGCAUGCAACAACAACAACAAAUUUACCAAAUCCAAGAAGCAGCAGCAUCUUCCGCCCCUGCCUCCGGGGCCAUGGACGCUCCCCUUCCUCGGCAGCCUCCACCACGUCCUGCGGGGCCUCCCACACCGCACGAUGAGGGACCUCUCCCGCCGCCACGGGCCCCUGAUGUUCCUCCGUCUCGGCGAAGUCCCCACCCUGGUGGUCUCCAGCGCCGAGGCAGCCGAGCUCGUGAUGAAGACGCACGACCUGGCCUUCGCCUCCCGGCCCAGCAGCGUCGCCAUCGACAUCGUGGGCUGCCGCGGCCAAGGGAUCGGCUUCGCCCCCUACGGCGACCGCUGGCGCCAGAUGAAGAAGAUCUGCGUCACGGAGCUGCUUAGCGCCAAGCAGGUGAGGCGCGUCGAGUCCAUAAGAGCUGACGAGGUGGGCCGCCUCCUCCGCUACGUCUCCGUCUCCAAUGGUAGCUCGGCCGUGAACCUGAGCCGGAAGGCGUCGGCGCUGGCGAACGACAUCGUGGCCAUGGCGAUGUUCGGCGGCAAGUGCGCGGACCGGAAGGCCGAGUUCGUCCUGGCCUACGACCGGGUCAGCGAGCUCGUGGCCGGGUUCUUCCCGCUCGACUUCUUCCCGUCGUCGAGGCUGGUCAGGCGGCUGAGCACUGUCGAGCGCCGCCUGCUCAGGAGCUACGGCCGCAUCCAGCGCAUCAUCGCCAGCAUCGUGGAGAGCCGUCGUGAGGCGGCGGCGCUGGCUGCUAACGGGGAUCAGGAGGAUCUGCUCGGCGUGCUGCUCAGGCUGCAGGAGGAGGAUUCACUCGCUUUCCCUCUGACCACGGAAAUUAUAGGCGCCAUCAUGUUUGACAUAUUUGGAGGUGCCACUACAACAUUGGGAUCCACCGUAGAGUGGGCUAUAUCGGAGCUCUUGAAGAAACCCGAGGCAAUGGCGAAGGCACAACUAGAGCUCCGAAAUGUGCUUGGCGCAUCACGAGGUGUCAUCACUAACACUGACCUUGGUGGACUCAGCUACCUGCAAAUGGUUAUCAAGGAGGUUCUCAGGUUGCAUCCUCCCAACCCUAUGCUUGUCCCACGUGAGUCCAGAGAGGAUUGCGAGAUCAUGGGUUAUCACGUUCCUAAAGGCACCAAGGUUCAUAUUAAUGCCUUCGCAAUUUCUCGGGAUCCAAGAUACUGGGACAAUCCAGAAGCUUUUAACCCCGAAAGGUUUGAGAAUAGCAACACCGAUUAUAAAGGGACACAUUUUGAGUUCACACCAUUCGGAGCAGGACGUCGACAAUGCCCCGCGAUUUUGUUUGGCACAUCGGCCGUGGAGAUUGCGUUGGCAAACCUCCUCUACCACUUUGACUGGGUGCUUGCUGAUGGAUCAAACCCAGACUUGUUGGACAUGUCAGAGACUUUCGGGAUGGGGGUAAGGAAAAAGUUGGAGCUGCAUCUAAGAGCUAUUCCAUAUAUACAGUCGGGUACUACAUAGGAAUAGAUCAAUCAUGGAUUGUCGCGACUUAAGGUCCAUCAUCAUAGUGUUCUUUCGCGUGCCAUUCAUGUUUGUAUUAUGCGGGUUGAUGUUUCUAUGCCGACUCGUGUAGUCGGUUUUGUUUUACUUCUGUAGUAGCUUGAAUGGUGUAAUAAGAAAGUUGACAGUCGUCAAUCUUCUCGGUGUAGUGGUUGGAAUUGGAAUUGGAAGUACUCUGCCUA